UUAGCUCUGUCAUGCCAUCCAUUAUUAGUCUUAACCAGACAGCGUUUGUUAAAGGGAGAAUCAUAGGUGAUAAUAUCAUGUUAAACCAUGAGCUGGUUCAGAAGUAUACAAGGAAGAAUAUUUCUCCUAGGAGUAUAAUUAAGGUCGAUAUUAUGAAAGGCUUUGAUUUCAUUGACUGGAACUUCCUUUUAACUGUGUUAUUGGCGAUUGGUUUUCCUGCAAAGUUUGUGGAUUGGAUUGCUAUGUGUGUCACCACCCUUAAGAUUAGUGUUGGUUUUAAUGGGGAAAUGAUUGGUUAUUUUGCUGCAAAGAAAGGGCUAAGACAGGGGAUCUCUAUCUCCCUAUUUGUUUGCAAUAUCCAUGGAAGUUCUAUCUUGUCUUAUGGCUAAAGUUGUUAAAAAGAAAGUUAUGUCAUUUCAUCCUAUGUGUAAGAGGUUAACCUUACUCAUAUCAUGUUUGCGGAUGAUUUACUCUUGUUUUCUAAUGGUUCAAACUAUGGAAUUCAGAGUAUUCAAAGAGUCUUGGAUCAGUUUAGAAAACUUCCUGGUCUUAAAUCCAACCCUAAGAAGUGUGAACUGUUUUGUGGAGCGCUUUCACCUGAGUGGCAGAAGUAGAUAGCAAUAAGAGCUGGUUACAAAUUGGGGAAAUUGCCAAUUAGAUAUCUGGAGCUCCUUUUGAUUGCUGGGAAAUUAACUGUAAAUGAUUGUAAGCCUCUACUGGAAAGGAUUUCACGAAGAAUUCAUAGAUGGGAGACUAAACGCUGAGUUAUGCAGGUCGGCUUCAAGUGAUUCUUUUUGUUCUUUAUAACUUAACUCAAUUCUGGAUGAUGGGUUUUAUACUUUCAAAGACUGUUAUCAAGGAAAUCGAGAGGCUACACAGUGAUUUCCUAUGGGGAGUUGGUGUUGUGGGUUGGAAAAAAGCAGUUGUUGCCUGGCAUUUCAUUGUGUUCCCAAAGCAGGAGGGAGGGUUGGGUUUAAGAGAUUUAUGCAGUUGGAAUUCUGCGUGCGUUAUGGGUCAUAUCUGGAAAAUUCUUAUGAAGGCGGGUUCAUUGUGGGUUACAAAUUGAAAGGGAACAGUUUUUGGGAUGUUAGCUCAAAGGCGGGCUCUUGGAUUUGGCUCAAAUUGCUCAAGAGUAGAGAAAAAAUCAGGAGACUGAUGACUGUUUCAGGAGCAGAGGUAUUGUGGAAGGGGAAAGUUAUGAAGAAGUUUAGUAUAAAGAAGUUUGGACAGAAUUUAGGCCAAAGGAAUCUCAGGUUCUUUGGUUUCAUCUGGUUUGGAAGGGUCUUUCUAUUCCUAAGAGCCAGUUUUUGGUCUGGAUGAUUGCAAAAAAAACUUAUACAGACAUGUGAUAAGAUGCUAACGUGGGGUGUUGUAGGUUCAUUCUCCUGUUGCUUCUGUUCUCACACUCUGAAAACUAGAUCCCACUUGUUUGCUGAGUGUCCUUAUUUCAAGAAGGUGUUUGUUGGUUUGAUGUCUGGUUUUACAAACAGGACACCUGGGAAUAACUGGGAGGACGAACUUCAAUGGGAUCUGGCGACUUUUAAGGGCAAAACGGUGUUAUCUAUGACAGGUUAGCUGAUAUGGCUAGCAUUGGUGAGUGCAAUAUGGCGAGAACGGUGCUCUAUGAGGCAUGGAUGCAGAUCAAAAUCAGCGUUGGAACUGGUUAGAAUGAUUAAGAAGGAAGUUGAGGUGAUUACUAGGGUGGAUACAACUCUUUUCUGGCACUAAAGAUCUCACUGUAGGCUCUGAUAGGUUUUUUUUUCCUUUCACAAGCAUAAUAAAUUUACAGUUAUUGUAGUCUCUUGGUAGAGUGGGUGAUACAACUUAGUAGGCAGGGGUGUUGCCUGUACAAGUUACACUUUGUGUUUUUUUAUGAUGAAAUAUAAAUGGUUGGUUCAUUGGGAAAAAAUAUCUUUAUAGAUUAUUCAAUUAACACUCGACUCUUGGGUUAAUUUAUAUUUUAGGGUAUGCCUAUGGUGACUUGCAUGUUACCAUAACUUGGAGAAAACGACCGAUCUCUUUCAUUAAAUGGUAGACCACUUUCAACGAAAAUGGUCGGCCUCUUCCAUCAAGUGGUCUACCACUUGAGUCAACCGGUCUACCGCUUCUGAAAAUAGGUCGACCUGAUGACACACUUACCUUCAAGUGGUCGACCUCUUCCACCAAAUGAUCGACUACUUUCUAAGAAAAUGGUCUACCACUUCCACCAAGUGAUGUCCAUACUUGAGUCAACCGGUCUACCGCUUACGAAAAUGGGUUGGCCUGAAGACACAUUUACCUUCAAGUGGUCGACCUCUUCCAAGAAAAUGGUCUACCACUUCCACCAAGUGGUCUGCCACUUGAGGCAACCGGUCACAAGACAAUGAUAUGAUAAAAAAAAAACAAGCAAACUUAGAAUUUGAAGGAAAGGUGAAAGUCUAUAUCAAGGUUGUCAAACUGGUUUAUGCCAGUGUGCCGGUUUAGCAAGUGGAAUGGUUCGACCGGUGGCACAUACCGGUUUGUGCCGGUUCAUGCCGGUCAAUAUUACAAAUUAAAUUAUAAAUACUCAUUUUAAACAUGACAUUUAACAUCAAUACCUAAACAUUUAUACUUGAAUCCAACAAAUAACAUCAAUAUUUAACAUUUAUACUCAUAAAAUAAAUAAUAAAAUAAUUUUUAACAAUUAAAGUCACUAAAAUAAGAUUAUUUUACUUAGAAAUUCGUAUAUCGAUCAUGCCGGUCAUACCAGUGGUGUCACGCCGGUUUUAUGACCGGUACAAGUUGAACCAGGUACAACCGGUGGCACGCCGGCCGGCAUGACAACCCUGGUCUAUAUAGAGUAAGUCAAAUAUAAGAAAUAAAUAUGCAGAACAUUUUCCAACUCGACGGGAGAACAAUCACUCGAAAAACUAGUCAUCUAUGCUUGCAUCCUUUGUACUAAUUUUAAAUAUCUUGCUAGCAAGCAUAUCUAUUAUUGUUGUUCUCUAAUUAUUUAUGAUUAUAUCACUAGCAAUGGUUCAUCAGGUAGACCAAUUAUUGAAAGCGGUGGACCGCUUGGUGUAGACUACUUGAUGGAAGUGGUAGGCCGUUUUCUUGUAAAGUGGGUCGACCUUUAACCUUUUAGUGGAAGAGGUCGACCAUUUGUUGAACAUAUCAAAAUGGAAAAUAGUACAUCUGAUCGGUCAUUCCAGCAAAGAGGUCGACCAUUUUGUCCAAAUUGGUCGACCAUAUCAGUGAAGAGGUCGGCCGUUUUGUCCAAGUCAUGGUGACUUGCAAGUCACCGUAGCAAGGUCGACCACAUCAGCCAAAGUUAACGGAGUUGGACGGAGAGUGACGAAACGUGAACGGUUUGCGUAAAUUGAAGUACCAUCAAUGGAUUUAAAUAUUUCGAGUGACCAAAUUUGAACGUAUUUUGUAAUCUCAGUGACCAACCAUGCAAUUAACCCUUUAAUUAUUAGUACAAAAAUGGUAUUAAACGUUAGGGAUGUCU